AGGUGUGUCACCGCCUCUGACGAAAGAGAUCCUCGGAUGGAUAUAAAGAGCAAAUCCAGGUGCUGGGAUCACUACGACGGACCCAUCGUCUUCUAAACCUCCUCGCAGACAAAGGUAUCCCACCAUGUCCACACACAGCACCACCCCACAGGCCAAGGAGCAGCAAUUUCCAGGGAACUGCACUCUGGAAAAGGCCCUGAAAGCCAUUGUGAACAUCUACCACCAGUACAGCAUCCGUGAGGGUCAGCUGGACCUCCUCAACUUCAAUGACUUCCAGACGCUGCUGACUGAGCAGGCACCCAACUUCCUGAAAGUCUGUGGCAGGAGCCGUCCUGGGUACCUGAAGGAGCUUUUUGAGGAGACAGACCUGAACAAGGACAAGGAGAUAUCGUUCGAGGAGUUCACCAUCGUGCUGGCCAAGGUGACCGACGACGCGCACCACAUCAUCCAUAAGGAAGACAGAUGCAAGCCAGACAGCAAUUGAACCACCCCACCCCACAGAGCCAGGCUCUGGGGAAGGACCCAUAGGGGUCUGCAUGUAGGAAUGGGGUUCUGGCUGAGUCCUGCCCGCUUGGGUCACAUAUAAGAUAAUAAAGCAUCACCUAAACCUCU